GCGUUGAGUUUCCCAUCUCCUCCUUCAAGAAGAGCUCUGGCUGCGCUCGAGCCUCUUGUGACGUAACAGCUAGCAGACUACGGUGCGCCGUUUGUGACCAAGAGCAGAACGCGCGAAGUGAGGGAAUACGAGCAACAUUUCAGCACUUUUUUCACAGAAAGGUCCAUGGAUCCUUCUAGUGAUUAUUGCAUGUGAACCGACAGCAACAUGGACAAUCCGAAACGGAAAUUAAGAUCUGGAAAGGAGAUUUUGAAGGACCAAUCUAAGGAAAAGUCCAAUGAUACUGGCACAGGAGAUGUUUCAUCUGCACCUGAAAGUGCUAAAGCAUCCGAUGAGUCUGGAGAUGGAUAUGUUGUAGAAGAAAGUGAGCAUGCUGGGACAGCUACAGUGGAGGACCAGUCUAAAGAAUGUGGCUCUCCACAAACAACCGAUGCUUUGGCUUGUUCACUUUGCAAUUUUGUUGCAAAAACUCAAACUGCACUGAAAAUUCACUCAACAAGGAAACACUCUCAUAAAGGAGGCUCACAGAACAGCACAGUAGCUGCACCAGGGUUGAGUUCUUUGCAAGAUGCACCACAGUUACAGAAAGAGAUGCUUCUGCAUCUCUGGCAGAGGAAGACAAACAAUCAGAUGCCUGCAUGGUUCAAACAGAGAGCAAACGUACAAAUCAACCCUUUGCAGAUGAGGCGGUACUAUCGGAGAAGGAUGUUGGUUCCUCUGAGGAUGGAAGAACCAGUCCCACUCAGAUGCUGCUGGAAAUAGUUGAGCCCACUUCAUGUAGAUCAGGAAAGGAUGGUGAAGACACCAAUGAGGCUGUUAAAGAUGGCAGUGAUACACAAGCAGGCUGCAGUUUUGAUUCGGAAAGUAAAGUGAAAAGCAAUAAAAAUGGUGGAACGGAUGGACAUGGUGAGAAUUCAAAGCCUAAUGCUUGUGUACAUGAAUUCAUAGAUGCACCAGAAAAGCAUAUUAAACGGCAGCAUAAUAAAAAAAAGAAUGACUCCUGCGAUCUUGGUAGCUGUUCUUGUGUUACAGAGUGUGAUCCUGAGAAGCACUGCAUGAGCAAUAAACACAACCCAGAGAUGUUAGACAAUCAGGAUUCAUUAAAGACAGAGAAGACGCCAUCAGCGAAGGUGAUGCAUCCGACUGAAGGCAGGUCACGGCAUCAGUGCAGUAGGUGCGACUUCACAGCCAACAACUCUGUAAUGUUAGCGCAGCACAUUAAAACGCGUCAUCCAUCGGAGCACCGUUUCCACUGUAGGGUCUGCCAUUACUACACCAGCACCACAGAAGCCAUGGAGGUCCACCUGUCAGAAGAAGCCCACCAACAGGUGGCCAAAGAGAAGAACAUCAGCUCUCUGUUUAAAGACUGUGUUGAAAAAAUCCUUGUGAUUCUCUCAGAUCAAAGGGAGGACGGAGACCCUCAUGAAGCCAUGGAGGUUCAGGACGCAGAAGAGCCGGCUGAAGCCGCGAGGAAAGGUUCUCCUCACAAACGGAAGCGAGGCAGACCGAAGACAUCUAACGAGACCGUCUGUAGUCACUGUGGGCUCGUUGCUUCCAAUGCCACCAACCUCAGCGUUCACAUACGGCGCAGGCAUAGCCGGAUGUACAGCUUCGUUUGUAAGCUGUGCAACUACUACUGUGUGACCAAAGGCGACAUGGACCGCCACUGUGAAACUAAAAAGCACAUCAACAAAAUGCAAGCGGCCGGAAGUGAAGAGAGUGGGGUCGUUCUGCUAGACGCUGAGCAGCCGAGUCAAGCAAAGAACACUGAGGCAGAACUAGGUGACCGAGUAGCAGAGAUUGAGACGACUGUUGAAGCGGACACCGAUCCCUCCGGUGUGCCGUGCAAGAAAAGCAAGAAUGACUUGGGGAACAUCUGCUCUCAGUGUGACUUUGUCGCUCACUCAACUCCGUCUCUUGCUCUCCACGUGCGACGCAAGCACACCAAAGACUUUGAGUUUGUUUGUCUAGCAUGUAGCUACUACACCGUGACCCGUAGAGAGAUGUUUAGGCACAUGGCAACAGAAAAACACAAGCAGAAACGCGAGGGUUACCUGAAGAGACCCAACCGAAGCUUUAACAGUGUUAACAAGCCCAGCUCUGAAGACCCAGAGACAGUCGCAGGAUCAGAGGAGGUCCGUGACAGCUCUGUUCUGACACCUGCGAACACCACGACUGAAGAUGCAGAGCAUUCGACAAAGACCGAUGAGCAGAGUUGUGCAAAUGAAGAUGGAGCGAAUACUUCCAAAGACAACCAAGAAUCCUCAACUAAUCCAAUGGAAUCAAACGAGUCUGACGUGAUCCAGUCAGUGACGAUGGAGAAGGACGCAAUGCUGGAGGAUAUGGAUGAGGAAAACGCGUUUGAGGAGGAAGAAAUUGCUGACUUAGGAGAUGACAGUGCCUCUAGUGAGAAACACCUUAGAGGAAUACAGUUUGAUGGUUGCAUCUUUCCCUUAAAAACAUUAGAAGAGCACAAGCAGACACCACAUGGCGGAGAACAAACUACGGGCGCAUCACUCCAGCAGGGCACCAGAAAGCCUAAAACCCCGGGUGGAUCCGAGACAAAGACUGCCAAAGCAAUUCCUCGGAUCCGCUGUGAGGACUGUGGAUUUUUGGCUGAUGGCAUAAGUGGCCUGAAUGUUCAUAUCUCCAUGAAGCAUCCAUCCAAAGAGAAGCAUUUCCAUUGCUUGCUUUGUGGAAAGUCCUUCUACACCGAGAGUAACCUACAGCAGCACUUGAGCAGCGCAGCACACAUGCGCAACGAGCACGGGAGCGUUGAAGAUCUUCCGGAAGGAGGCGCCAGCUUUAAAUGCGUCCGAUGCAGUGAGCCCUGCCAAACCGAGCAGGAACUGUUUGUGCAUAUCAAAGAGAAACACGAGGAACUGCUGAGAGAAGUGAACAAAUAUGUAAUAGAGGAUACGGAGCAGAUCAACCGAGAGCGGCAGGAGAACCAGGGCAGUGUUUGCAAGUACUGCGGUAAAGUGUGCAAGAGCAGCAACUCCAUGGCCUUCCUGGCUCACGUUCGCACACACACAGGAUCUAAACCGUUCAUGUGCAAGAUCUGUAACUUUGCCACCGCUCAGCUGGGCGACGCGCGCAACCAUGUGAAGAGACAUCUGGGCAUGAGAGAGUACAAGUGUCACAUCUGUGGAUGGGCAUUUGUGAUGAAGAAGCAUCUCAACACUCAUCUGCUGGGAAAGCAUGGACUGGGUCAGCCCAAAGAGAGGAAGUUUGAGUGUGAUCUGUGCGAGCGCACCUUCAGUGAGAAAUGGGCUCUGAACAACCACAUGAAGCUGCACACGGGAGACAAACCCUUCAAGUGCGGAUGGCCCUCGUGUCAUUACUCCUUCCUGACUCUCUCUGCCAUGAAGGACCAUCACAGGACACACACAGGAGAGAAGUCUUUCCUCUGUGAUCUCUGCGGGUUUGCCGGAGGAACUCGUCACGCUCUGACCAAACACCGUCGCCAGCACACAGGCGAGCGACCCUUCAAGUGUCAGCUGUGCAACUUCGCAUCAACCACACAGUCCCACCUGACGCGGCACAAGCGUGUGCACACGGGCGAGAAGCCCUACCGCUGCCCCUGGUGCGACUACAGAUCGAACUGCGCGGAGAACAUCCGUAAACACAUCCUGCACACAGGCAAGCAUGAGGGGGUGAAGAUGUACAACUGUCCCAAGUGCAGCUAUGCCACCAACGCCCCCAUGGACUUCAGGAACCACCUGAAAGAGACGCACCCUGACAUUGAGAACCCAGACCUGGCUUACCUGCAUGCAGGAAUCGUGUCCAAGUCGUUCGAGUGUCGCCUGAAGGGACAGGGCGCGACCUUCGUCCAGGCCGAGGCGGCGUUCGCCCCUGACGAGAGCGAGCUGGGCUCCGAGGCGCUCCAGCAGGUCAUCAUCAUCCAGGGUUACGGCGGCGGGGAGGUGGCCAUCGAUCAGGCCCUGGAGGAGUCGGCCGCCGCCACCCUGCAGACCCUCGCCAUGUCCAGUCAGCUGGGCGAAGUGCUGCACAUCACUGAGGACGGGCAGCUCAUCACGUCCAGCCGGGACGUGUCUACAGCGGGGCAGACCACUCGAUACGUGCUGGUGGAGUCGUCCGGAGAGGCCGCGGGAGAAGCGCGGGCGCAGGAGGAGGCUGUGCACACUGUGUCCGAGUCGUCCUCCGCUCUGGACGCUCUGCUCUGCGCCGUGACGGAGCUGGGCCAGCAGGGCGGCGCCAGAGAGGGAGAGAUCACCGUCACCACAGUGUCCGACCAGCUGCCGGGAGAGAAGUGUGAAGGUCAGACGUCUCCGACUCAGACACAGGAGUACGAGGAGAGGGCGGAGGUGGGCGUGGUCAUGGGCUCGGCCAAUGAGCACGCGUCUGAGGAGAUGCAGGAGGUGCUGCAGUUUGCGGCCAGUCAGCUGAUGAUGAAGGAGGGUCUCACUCAAGUGAUCGUCAAUGACGAGGGCACUCAUUACAUAGUCACGCAGCUGGACGACUCCACCCUGCACGUCGAGGGCACGGUGGAGCAUCCGUCCGGACAGGAGACCAUCGUUUACUCGGAAGUUAGUCCUGAAUGAUGAGCGAUUGAGAGUGGAUCUCUUCGGUCUGGCGACUCUUCUUCCUUCUAAGACAGUAACUCAGGGUCACUUCCCAUCACAACACUUUUUGGGAUGGAUUGUUUUGGUUGCUUUGUUUUUUUUUUAUUGUGAACAACCUUCUAUAUACAAACAGCAACUCUUUUAUUUUAUAUGUAUAAAUGCAAUAUAUCCUUUUACAAAAGGCUAAUAACCAGAAUUUUUUUUCAGUUCAAUGUGUGUAGAUGUUUAGAUUACUAAUGAAAACCUUGUUAAACAUACACCUUCUGUUUUCCUACUCCUUUAUGUAUGUUUGAUUGCUGAAAUACCUUUUCUGGUGCAGUAAAUGGAUUCAGGCUUGGACAUCUCCAGACAGCAUGAUCAGUAAAGACUAUAAAAUAAAA